ACCCCAAAAGCCAGUGAGGAGACUAGAGAGGAAACCAGGGAGGAGGCCAAGGAGGCCAAUGAGGAGGCCAGUGAGGAGGCUAGAGAGGAAACCAGGGAGGAGGCCAGUGAGGAGGCCAGCGAGGAGGCCAGUGAGGAGGCCAGCGAGGAGGCCAGUGAGGAGGCUAGCGAGGAGGCCAGUGAGGAGGCUAGUGAGGAGGCUAGAAAGAAGGCUAGAGAGGAAACCAGCGAGGAGGCCAAGGAGGCCAGUGAGGAGGCCAGUGAGGAGGCUAGAGAGGAAACCAGUGAGGAGGCUAGAGAGGAAACCAGUGAGGAGGCUAGAGAGGAAACCAGUGAGGAGGCUAGCGAGGAGGCCAGUGAGGAGGCUAGUGAGGAGGCUAGAAAGAAGGCUAGAGAGGAAACCAGCGAGGAGGCCAAGGAGGCCAGUGAGGAGGCCAGUGAGGAGGCUAGAGAGGAAACCAGUGAGGAGGCUAGAGAGGAAACCAGUGAGGAGGCUAGAGAGGAAACCAGUGAGGAGGCUAGCGAGGAGGCCAGUGAGGAGGCUAGUGAGGAGGCUAGAAAGAAGGCUAGAGAGGAAACCAGCGAGGAGGCUAGCAAGGAGGCCAGCGAGGACGCUUGGCUUGUACAGUAGCGUACAAAACAUCAAACGCCUUAAGUCUUCUUAAUAAAAGGAAUAAUCAAUACUCCAACUAACUGACGCCUACAAUUAUCAGAUCAUCAAUCUUGUGUUUUAAGCCACACUCUCGCCAUGACGUGCCUAAAACGUGGCUCAGCCCAGAGUUUCAGGGAUGCUGUUCCUUCAGACCACGAACCCCCCAAUCCAAACAGUGGUCUAUGCCGUACUGGUGUCAGUGAACAGCCACUGAGUCUUAAACAUGAUGUUGGAGGUGUUCGAUGUCUCUCAAAUAGGAAUUCAAUUACCUAUUAACAGAAGUUAUUGCUCUUUGAAAAAAUACUUGCUGCAGCAAUUUAGGGGAGCAAAUCUGUUCAGAAUGAUGAAGAAAGGUUUUUAGAUAGUUUAAAUUAGAAGCAAAUGUUUUUAUUUGAUCAAAAAUAUUUACUUCUACAUAGAUCAAUUAAGUGGAACCAGUGUGGUUCCAGCAGUUACCUACACAAACAUCAACUGUCAUGUCACUAUGAAUGUGGCUGAGCCACCGGCGUUUAAUGGAACACGUCACGUCGCUCUGGCUGUGCCAACGUCUUUGUCAGUGGCAAAAUGGCAGUUGAGGCACUUCCCAGGAGGCGUUUUCCACUUCCUCCUUGUGUGACCUUUAUUUGCCAAUUAUGCUGCUGCAGCAGCACAUUUAAGCUUUUGCUCCACUAUGAAGGUAAAAAAAGCAGCCUCAUGAAAAAGCUGAAAAAUGAGUACUUUACUUCAAAUGACUCCAUGCGUCUUGUAACAAAAGCCCUCUGUUAAUGCAGACACAUCAACACCUCCUGUAACAUGGAUCAGUUUUGUCUUUCACCGACCUGCCAUGACAACUUCAUUAUGCUGUUGGCAGAAAACAAGUUUAAUGAAACAUGAACUAGCUUUAGACUUUGUGUAAAUACAAGCUCACAUUUAAGUCCAUACGGUGUGAAAGUGUUGAAUGAAACUGUUCUAAAGGAUUUUAUGAAUUGGCUUUGUGACAGUCGUCUGAUGAUCCGUGGAAUAUUCUAUAUGCUAUAGGAAAUGUAUAUACUUAUAUACACAUAAAUGUGUGUGUGUGUGUGUGUAUUUACAGAAGCUCAUCAAGUAUAUCCAAACACAUUACAUUUGUUACUGUCCAGUUGUCUGUGGUUUCCACAGUAACAGCGAUGUCGCCUUAAACGUUUAGAUUUAAUUAUAACAAUCUAAUAAUAACAAUGUUUUUUUGUUUUGUUUUUUAUACUCAAACAUUUAGUGUUUUGGUAAAUUGGUGUGUACUUUACUGGUUGUUUAAAAUGUUUUUUCUUAGUGAUUUCCGGUGUGAGUGUAUUUUUUUUUACAUUUUCUUUAAUUUCUAUCUUUCUUUCUCAGUUUGAUUCAUGGUUUUUUUUGCAUAAUGAUUUUAAACAUUCUUGCACAAUUAGGAGACUCCAAUAAGGAAGCAAGGUGUUUAUUAAUGCGUUAUUUGUUCUCUUUUC